GCUUCACUGGGAGACAAUGGGAGACACACAGACCUUGAGAUACAGAGACUGUGAAAAUCAGGAAACACAUCCUGACCUUAUAGGAUUGAUUGCAUGAUGUGUUUUGUAUAUGGAUGGCACAUGCUGUGAUGUACACCCUGGCCUGGCGUAGGAGAUGCCCAGAUACAUGCACACAUUUGCAGGUGUACAGCUGAUUGUCUUGCAGGGGCUCCUGGAGUGUUGUGCAUUGGAACCUCUGUCCCCAGGUGACUUUUUGACCUGGAGAUCUCCACUGUAGCAGCCCAUCCACCCCCCCCUCCUUCGCCUGGGAUUGUGUUACUGAUCUUGGAUUCUGAUGGACAGAAGAAGCCAAAUGAGACUGAUGUGCAGCUAAUCACCAGCUCCUUGAACUUUCAGUCUGGCAUCUGGGUAAUAACCGAAGGUAUUAAGGGACUUGGAGAAAUCGCUCCACUGCUGGAAAUCUGCUAGAUCCCAUUGUGAUGGGUGCUGACGCUUUUAUGGACAUUUGAUUGGCAGUGCCCAGGAGGUUUGGGGCCCCUUCGAUAUUGCCCUUUGGGGAGAGAGGGUGUGAGGGAGAGAAUGAAGCAUCUUGCUGCGUUCGAGAAGCAUGAGGUGGCACCCGUACACCCGCUCUGAUUGGGCAUGGCUGGUGCUGGCAUGGUUGACUGGAAUGCUGUACUUGGGACCUGCCACGGCAACAGUAUCUAGGCAACAUGGAUCUGCCCCUUCACCCGGUCAGGCGUCAUUGGACUGGUUGCUUAGUAACAGGGGACCCUUCCAUGGAACCCAGCAGUAUGUGGACUUUGCCGAGCGGUACCAGCAAGGGUAUACCACGAGGUAUAGAGUUCACAGGGAGUUUGGUCGCUGGAAAGUAAAGAACAUGGCCUUAGAGAGUAAAGAAUUCCCCAACCUGACUCUGGCUCCAGAAUUUGUCCGGAACAUCCGUCAGUUGGGAAGGAGACCCUCUCUGACCCAGAUCACAGAAACCCUGAUUAAAAAAUACGGCACACACCUCUUGAUUUCUGCUGUCCUGGGAGGAGAAGAGUCUCUUACCAUGUUUGUGGAUAAAGGGAAACUGAAGCGAGAAGCUGGAGUCCGCGGGAAUGCUUCAGCCCCCACAUUGGACACUUUACACCAACUCGCUGCUUCAUAUUUCAUGGAUCGGGAGAGUGCGCUGAGACAGCUGCACCACAUUCAGAUCACCACGGGAGCUAUUAAGGUAACGGAAACCAGAACCGGUCCCCUGGGCUGCAGUAACUACGACAACCUGGAUUCUGUGAGCUCGGUGCUGGUGAUGGGCCCAGAGAGCCGGGUACAGCUGCUCGGACUGCAGGCGCUUUUGCCUCAGUACCUGCGUGCAAAAUUUGUGAGGGCUGCGCUGGCCUACAUUUCCUGUAACUCCCAAGGAGAGCUAGAAUGUCAAGCAGGAGAAUGCGCGUGCCGUUGUGACACAGCCUACCCACAAUGCAACUGCCCUGCUGAAGACAUCCACGUUUUGGAAAAGAGCCUAGAACAGGCACAAGACCAGGCUGACAGUCAGAAUAAAGAGUUUGAGGACUCAGCGGAGGUCCGUUCUUUCCUUAAGAAUCUGCCUACCGACCGCUUCCUUAACAGCACAGCUAUCUCCAAACUCUGGAACGCUGACCUCCAUCUCCUUCGGCGCUAUGAGCAGCUAAGAGCCGGCUUCAAGCAGCUGCUGACCAAAUCUCAGCGUCAAAUGCGUCGUCUGAUUAACCUGAGCAAACACUGCCUGCGCCAGCCUCAGUACACAUCUCUCCGGGAGAGAUCUGUUUCUUAUUGGUGGCAACGGGCUCAAUCUCUUCUCUACUGUAGUGCAACCCUCAUCCCGGGCACAUUCAUAGAAGCCACCCAUAGCUGUACCUGCACUGUUCAGCAUCCCCUGUGCCAAGGGCCUAUUCCUUGUAUCCAGGGACCUGGUCCUUUGUGUUCCCUUUGCUCAUCAGUACACCAUGCGAUGUGUGCCAGCUGCAACCCAGGAUACACUCUUACAGCUCAAGGCCUGUGUGUGCCUAUAGUGCCUGAGUCCUCAGAACCUUAUCUAGGGACAGAAGGUAGUUUGCAGGACCUGGAAGUUAAAUACUUGCUUCUUAAACGUGAUGGACGCCUAAGAGCCCCAGCGUUCUUUAUCUCGGGUGAUCUAAGGCUAGGCAUGUGGUUCCAGAUGGGUGGGAGGAAGCGUAUGCUGCUGACAUGCAAGAGUAACAAGCAUUGGCCACGGCAACUGCACAUGCUUCUGGGACUUUCAAUGCGCCUUUGUCUGGCUGGGAAUGAGACUCGGGACCCUCAAGUGACUGUUUAUGUAAACCCCUUUGGUGGGAGCCAUUCAGAAAGCUGGCUGCUGCCAGCUGGAGAACCUGGUUAUCCUAGCUGGGAGAAGACUUGGGACAUAGAAGGAGGGGACCGGUGCCAGAACUGGACUUUGAUAUUAGGCCAUCGUUGGAGGUCAUUUUUUGAAACUGUUCACUUUUACAUGAGAAGCAGCCCACUUGAGGAAGAAGGGGAGGAAGAUUCAGCUGAAUGGACUGACAAACAGACUCUGGAUGAUAAGUUAGAGAAUCCAGAGUAUGUUCGCAUAGAUGGUCUUCAAGCAUUUGGUUACAGCGUUCCCUUUGACCCGGAGGCCAUCAGGGGUUUGGCUCUCCAAAUGGACCAGCCAGGGUCACGAGAGGGAGCUCUGCUUGAAAUGCAAGAGCUAAGAAAGAGGGUGAAUUUCUUGUCUCCCCCAGGUGCACGGAAGCUAGACCUCUUUAGCUGCCUACUGAGACAUCGACUGAAGAUGAGUAGCAAUGAGGUGACACGAAUACAGGUCCAACUGGCCGCAUUAAGCAGCCAAACUCCAAAUAUCUCAACAUAUGAAACUGCCAAGCUGUGCAGCUAGAUGCCCCUGAUGCCCUCUGCAUUUAUUAGCCCCUGUGAUUGACCAUUCCAGAAAAGAGGAUUAGUUAGACCCAAAAUAUGUGUAAAAAUGUCUUCCUUUUGUGCAGUACAUUUUCUUAACCAGUUUGGUGUCUCUAGGGUCUGCAGCAUCUUCUUAUUAGAGUUGCGAACACCUUGAGCACAAAAGUGGUUAAACCAGCAGAAUAAAGGAAACUAAGACAUGUGGUAAUGAUUCAUUACAGCAAAUACACGAUAAAUGUAAUUGUACAAACGGGAUAAUGCAAAAUCCAACCCACAGUGGCAUUAUGAUAAAUACCAGAGUGUAUGCAGUUUGUGCUGGCAUAUCAAGAGCUGUGUCAAGUUACUGAAUAAUAGGAAGAUUCACAGCUUAAGUCAUAUAACAAUGUACUACCCCCUCUCCUUCUAAUUCGGAAGCCGUCCGAUGGAUGUCACCAUAUGGUGUGUCAAGACGAGCAAAUGAAACUGAGAAUGGAUCUGUAGUACUGAGAUUAAAAUGGGGAUGUGUAAAGUGGAUUAUAGUUUUCACAAAUUGCCCAGCAGUCAGAGCUCCAGACACCCUGGGUAUCUACCUUUCUGCUGUAAUUCAACAGCCCAACUCUCCUCUAAAAAGCCUUAUUAUUGUCGCCAGUGACAUUUUCAAGGGUAUACUCAGCUGGUACAAAGGGGGUGAAACAGCUCAGUCCUUGAUUAUAAAAGGUCAUAAACUUGCAAAAACUGAAAAAAGCACAAGAAAAUAUAAGACUUUACAGUGACCACUGUGUGUUCAUCUUUUGAAUAAGUACACAUUCCGAGUGUGUCUGUGUGGACACAAGGUUUAGUGUGUGAUUAUGAAUAUGCAGGGUUUUUGUGUGCAUGGGCUUAAGACAACACAGGACGGGAGCAUUGUAGUCCCAAAUGCAAUUUAGCAAUAUUUAAUUUGUAUGUCACUCUGGUAAUGAAUGCAGAUCUGUACCAGCAGAACAGAGGCUCAUUGAGUGACUGCACAGAGAUUAAAGUCCAGGAUGAAACGAGUGUCUGUAAACUCACAGCAGAGAUAAUGUGGCUUCUCCAAGGUCAAAAGAAACUGGUAUCAGCUUAAAUGCAGUUUAUCAAUGGACACAGGUUGAUCUAAUUAUGUAUCAUCAGGAAUAAAUGAGCAUGAAAAAAUAUGGGUUAUUUCUUAAACCAUAAGGCACUUGUAGACCAUUUGGUGGAGCAGGGGACCAUAAAGUGAUUUAUGACCUACACCGUUUUAUUUCUUUACUAUUUUUGUGUCUGCAUUAAUGAUCGUACAUGAAGAGAUGCAGAGACAUGUUUGAAAGGUAAGCAACAAAACUCACACACGGCAUAUCUAAUCAUUUACGGCCAUGUCUCAGCUGGGUAAAAACAAUCACUUCUUGGUUACUUUCUAUGGUGCGUGAAAAUGUUGGCGGCACACAACCAGUUCAGUUUAACAGUGCAAAGAUGUUGUUAUCCAAUUCUUCAUGCUCUUGAACCUUUUUUGCCCAUAUCUAAUCAGUUUCUAAAAAUAAAAAAAGCUGCAAACACUAA